AAAGGCAUGUGUGUGUUUAGCUGGAAUUCUAUUCUUAGUCACACUUCAGCUCACCCCAGUCUGGCUCCCACCGCCAUCACACCCUUGAAAUUGCUCUGGGUAAGGUCCCAGAUGCAAUGGUGGGAUUCUGUCGAGUGUCAGGGCUUGGCUGCACAGAACUGAGUUGAUUCCCUCAAUCAAACCCAAAGAUCUCCUUGACUGACAGACCCAGUGAUCAGUUCUCUGACUUUCUCCUAUGCAGCCUCUUAGCAUAUGACACAUUUGACCAGUCUCUUCUUGACUUCCAUGGAACACCCUCUCUGGGUUCUCCCAUCCCACUGACCCCUCCUUGCUGGAUGUGCCUCCUUUGCAUGACUUCCGAACAUCAGAGAACUGUGGGGCAUGGCUUGUUCCCUGUCCUCUGUCUACAGUCUCUGCUUAGUGGUCUCAGCCAGCCCAUGGCUUAGAUGCACCUGUGUGCCGAUGACUCCCAGGAGCACAUCCUCCAGCCCUGUGCUCUAUGCCUGGCUGUGGUUUCCCCACUUGGAUGUGCGGGGGGCAUCUCAAACCGUAUUUCCAGACCAGAACCCCAAGUCAGUUACCUUCCCCCCACACCUUGCCCCCUGAUCUCUCUCUCUCCUUCACUGCACUCCUGCCUUGUUUAGUUACUUAUUUCCUCUCACACUUGACUUUUUAACCUGCCAAAGGGCAAAGGCUGGGCCUUGCCUGAGCCAGUAUUCCACGGCACCUAACAUAACACUUGGCAUGUAGCUGGUUCUGAAAAUUAUUUACUGAAGGAACUCAAAUAAUGAAGGUAGUCCGAGAAGAGUUUGUAAAAAGUGGGGAUUUGGUCCUGCACAGACUAUGAAAGGCUAAGAAGGCAAAGAAACAAAGCGGGGGCAAACGAACCUCUGAACCCCCUGGAUCCCAACUCUCUGGCUGUGCCCAUCACUAAAGAUUCCCUUUCCAGAACCUCAGGACACCUAAUUCCAAUGUGGCCCAGCCCAGCCCCCACCUGCAUCCCUCACUUUCUGCCUCUCAGCCCCGCUCUCCCGGCCCUGAGCCAGGGCUUGUUUUUGGAGGUGGCGAUGGGGCCCCAGGGGAACUGAGUCAGUGGCAAUAACCAGCCUCACCCCACCACUGUGGGGCGGUGUGUGUUCCUGCUUUCCCCAUUGUGGGGUCAGACCAGCAGUAAGGGAGCCAGACUCUGGCUGGCACCAUGGCUGGGUUGAGAGUGAGAGUGAGAGUGUCCAUGGGGGAGGCCUUCGGGGCUGGCACGUGGAACAAAAUAUCUGUCAGCAUCGUAGGGACCCAGGGAGAGACUCCCCCAUUGCCCCUGGAUCAUCUAGGCAAAGAGUUCACUGCGGGCGCUGAGGAGGACUUUGAGGUGACACUUCCCCAGGACGUGGGCUCGGUGCUGCUGCUGCGCGUGCACAAGACGCCCCUGGCGCUGCCCUGCCCUCUGGGAUCCUUGGCCCAGGACGCCUGGUUCUGCCGCUGGUUCCAGCUCAUGCUGCCCCAGGGCUCCCCACUCCGUUUCCCCUGCUACCAGUGGCUGGAGGCGAAGAUCUCCUGUGAAGACCACCACCCUAGGCUCCAGCAACAGCGUGAGGAGGAGCUGCAGGCCAGGCGGGAGAUGUAUCGCUGGAAAACUUACAACCCAGGCUGGCCUCACUGCCUGGAUGAGGAGACCGUAAAAAACCUGAACCUCAACAUCAAAUACUCUGUGACCAAGAAAGCCAAUUUCUACCUGCAAGGCGGCUCUUUGCUGGCCGAGCUGAAACUCAAGGGGCUGUGGCACCGCAAGGGGCUCUGGAAGAGUCUGAAGGAGAUGACAAAGGUGUUCAGCUUCCGGAAGACGCCAGCCGUUGGGUACGUGUUUGAGCACUGGCAGGAGGACGCCUUCUUUGCCUACCAGUUCCUGAAUGGCCUCAGCCCGGUUCUGAUCCAACGCUGUUGCUGCCUCCCAAAGAACUUCCCUGUCACCGAUGCCAUGGUGGCCCCCAUGUUGGGCCCAGGGACCAGCCUGCAGGCUGAGCUGGAGAAGGGCUCCGUGUUCCUGGUGGAUCAUGGCAUCCUCUCUGGCGUUCACACCAAUGUCAUUAAUGGGAGGUCUCAGUUCUCUGCCGCCCCAAUGACCCUGCUCUACCAGCGGCCAGGGUGUGGGCCCCUGCUGCCCCUCGCCAUCCAGCUCAGCCAGACCCCUGGGCCUGACAGCCCUAUCUUUCUGCCCACCGACGACAAGUGAGACUGGCUGCUGGCCAAGACGUGGGUGCACAAUGCCGAGUUCACCUUCCACGAGGCCCUCACACACCUGUUAAUGGGGCACCUGAUAGCCGAGGUCUUCACCCUGGCUCUGCUGCGCCAGCUGCCCCAUUGCCACCCACUCUUCAAGCUGCUGAUCCCACAUACACGGUACACCCUGUACAUCAGCACACUGGGCCGCGUGCUGCUCAUCGCCUCCGGGAAGGUGGUGGACAGGUCCACAGGCCUUGGCCUUGAAGGUUUGUCUGAGCUGAUACAGAGGCACAUGGAAGAGCUGAACUACUCCGCCCUGUAUCUGCCCGAGGAUAUCCGGGCCCGAGGAGUUGAAGACAUCCCGGGCUACUACUACCGAGAUGAUGGGAUGAAGAUCUGGGAUGCAGUGGAGCGCUUUGUCUCCGAAAUCAUCAACAACUACUACCCAAGUGAUGAGUCUGUCCACGAUGACAGUGAACUCCAGGCCUGGGUAUGGGAGAUCUUCUCCGAGGGCUUCCUAGGCCGGGAGAGCUCAGGUCUACCCUCCUCCCUGCGGACACGGGAAGCCCUGAUACAGUAUGUUACCAUGGUGAUAUUCAACUGCUCGGCCAAGCACUCUGCUGUCAGUGCGGGGCAGUUUGACUUCGGUGCCUGGAUGCCCAACCUGCCGCCCUCCAUGCAGCUGCCACCGCCCACUUCCAAAGGCCAGGCAAAGCUGGAGGGGUUCCUAGCUACCCUCCCACCAGUCAAUGCCACGUGUGAUAUGAUCAUUAUCUUCUGGAUGCUAAGCAAGGAGCCUGGAGAUCAACGGCCCCUGGGCACCUACCCAGAUGAGCACUUCACUGAGGAGGCCCCGCGUCGGAGCAUCGCCGCCUUCCAGAACCACCUGGCCCAGAUCUCACGGGACAUCCGGGAGCGGAACCAGGGCCUGGAGCUGCCCUAUACCUACCUGGACCCUCCCCUCAUCGAGAACAGUAUCUCCAUCUAAAUUCCCUGGAGAAUAGGGCCCGAGGUAGCACCCCUUUGACCCCAUCACUCUCGGCUACCUUUCACCCAGAGUAAAGGACUCCCCAGAAAACCAGGCCCCCAUAUGCCUCUCCUGGGACAAUCAGGCCUAACGUCACUUACCCCCCACCCAUAAUGAAACAGAAACAGCAAUAAUCCAGAGAACAGAGCCUCAUGGGAUGGUACCACUAUGCCUUUUGAAGGCUCCAGGCCUCAAAGUGCCUGCACACUCACAGCCCCCUGGAAGUGUGCUGUGGGGACUUUAACCCUGCCCCUGAUCCCACUGGAUCUGAUGGUCACCUGACUCAAGGGCAGUCCUCCUCCAGACUGUCCAGCAGCGCAAGGAGUGGCCUGUUCAAAAACUGCCCAAGAGAUUGGUGGUGACCUGUGGUCCCAGCUUUAAAAUAAACCACUCACUGAGAAAGGGCCAUGGGAAGCCAGCAAGAUGAGGAGGAUGUACUGCUGGGACAUGCAGGCAGUGCCCACAUGUGCUUUGUAAAAGAUGUGCCCCAAAGUUGAACAAAAGCCUUGCGUACUAUAAAACAGUUUCCAUUUCCAGAGACUUAGGCAAUAUUAUAUCAUUCUAGAUUCAGUCAUAUGUUGCUUUCUAGAUUUAGUCUUAAAUGAUGGAAUUCCAACAUUUCACAUACAUUCUUUAAUCUUGCUUUUCUUUGUUCUUGUUCCAACUCAGUGAGCUUUCAUUAAAGCCAAAAAUGUGUCCCCUUGAA